UUACAGCUAUUUCAGAAAGAAGCGGAGCCAUCAAAGUCGGCUGGUGCAGGUGCCAAAGGCGAAAAGAGUGCACUACCUAGUGUCACUGCAGUGCCAGCGGAUAGUUCAGAACCGAUCAGUGCUAUUGUUGUCGAGAGCACCACUCCCCUUCCAAAGUCAAGCAAUGUAAAAACAGCUACUACACCUGCGAAAACACCAGAGGACCGAACUCAAAAGCCUUCUGUCGUAGAACCUUCUAGAACUACAGAAGAAAAGAAGAAACUUUCGAAAUUAACUGAACGGACACAGCAAUCGAGUGUGAAAGCGCCAAUCGUUCCAGCUAAACCACAAUCAAAAGAGAAAUCCGAAGGUCGAAAGAAGAAUAUGGGCGGCGCAGUACAGAAGCGUACAUCUGGCGAACGUACGAAAAUCUCCGCCGAGAAUAUGCCUCUUCUUCCUUCGAAAAGUCCACAAAAAUAA